AUGGAGAAUCAUGAUCUUUUGAUCCUUGUGGAUGCUACGGCCUCCAUGACGGAGUACCUUCGCUCUUUGAACACUUCCCUUCCACAGAUCAUUUCCAUUUCUGCAUUGACAGGAUGCUUUUCACGCAUCGGAGUCAUCGCUUUCCGUGACUAUGACUACUUUGGGGACGAUCUUCUCAAUUGGUCAGGGUGGCUGCAUCAAAACUCAGACCAAGAUUCGCAAGAACCUCAGCCCGAUCUCAUCGAGUUUGUCAAGCACCUCAAGCCACUUGGGAAUAGCGAUACCGAUGAAGCCCAAAAGACAGCUCUUGCCAGGGCCUAUGAACUUAUGCGUCCAGAUGCAAAGACCCUCAUUUUCCUUUAUACCGAUGCACCCCCUCAUCCGAACGUGGAGGACACAAGCCGCCUUCGCAAUACGCCUCGAGAACAAGUUGCAUUGAAUCCAACUUCGUUUUCAAACUACGGAAUCUCAUUCAGAGACUGGGUGUCUGCGAGCAAAAUACUUCGAGACGGACCAAAGCAAGCUCAGGUCUUCACUAUCCUCGACGGUAACUCGGGAGGACAUGAUACAGGCUGGUACACCUAUCUAUGUCACAUUACCGGUGGUGCUUGUACUGCUAUGACACGAAAUGAGGAUCCCUCAAAACUGACAAUCGAUCUACUUCUGGCGUGGAUGGGGGUAGAAAAAGUCUCCUCAGAAAGCUCUAUGGUCACAGAGCGUACGACUGGAUCACUCUUGCAGUAUGAGUCUGCCGAUGACAUUGAGGAGUUCCAAAGUGAAAAAGAUGCAAAGUCAUUACGUUUCUUUUCGCAUGGUUGGAAUGAUACCUGCGGAGACAAUAUCAGGGCCACCUUGUUGACCACCGACAUCCUGAAAAAGCAAAUCCCGAAGAAGACGACCCCUGUCCUGGAUUUCGCGAAGCGCUGGAACACAGACCCACGAUACAAAGAUCUUGUUAUCCGGAGUUUGAAACAAAUCAUUAAUGACAAUGUCCAGGCAAUGGCCCUCAACCCUGUUUUUGGAACCCUUUGGAGAGCCGUUUGCAAUGAUAGGGAGCAUGAGUAUCGUGAAGAGCUACUGAGUGCGUUCAGCCGGAGCCUGGAAAAGAUUGCAGACACGACUCAACGGGCGAGCAUGAAGCUCUGGUUGGAGGAAUCCUACGACUUCGCCCAAGAGAUCACAUCGCAUAUUGCCGAAGUGUCCGAAGAAGACAAGUAUCCUUGCGUGUUUCUCGAUCCAACUCUGAGCUUUGAGCGUACAGCCACUGGUGCUGAAGAUAGCCCUAAUUCCACGUCAAGUCUGACCCGCGCCGAUCUGUUGGAAAUUGGUCGAUCAUGCAAUCCUCAUAUUCUACGCCGUAUGGGAACUAUCCUCACUCAGAUGACUGUUGUGGAAUCGGCAAAUGACAUGCCUGAACACAUCGCCAGCGCUGGGAAUGAACAAGUCGUGAGAAUCCCGCUAGCGAUGGCAGCCCAGAAAUACCGCAAUACCUUCUGGAAAUAUCUAUUUCAUCUCAUUGUUCCCGGAACAAAGCUUUCUGCUCGUCCUGCGGCUCUUGUCGCUGCUCUCAGUCUCCGCAUGGGGGUGAAGCCCCUGGCAGAACUGGCUGCGCAGGAAGUCAUCCGUUUCAAAGACAAGUGGAAUGAUAUUUCAACCCCCGAGAAUUGGAAUAUUGGAUGCUUGACACUUCUCAUUGAUGCCGAUGAAGCACAUCACAGACAGCAAACCGAGAGAUUGUGCAAUGAUGGACCAGCCACGAAUGACACCAGGCUUCUGAACCCCAGCGACAAAUUAUUCUUCGAGCGUCUUGUUGCCUUCAAGCUCCUUGAAUCAAACCUCAACUCUAAGCUCAACGCGCAAAUGCCCUGGACCCCAGACAAAUCGAGUGGACCCAUUGGACCCUUAGUGAAAUGUCGGCAGUGCAACUUCCCCCGUUCUGUGACCAUCAUGGGAAAAGAUGGCUCGUGUGGCCGGUGUCUUGGCGGAGAUUCGAUACAACCGAUAGAAGCUGGAGUCUCGCACGAUCAUACUCCAACUUCCAAUUCAACCUGGGUUGAAUGUAGGGUAGUAUCCUGCAAAGCCCAAUACGUCGUUUAUGCUGUCAAAGCACUGAAUGUCUCUCCAAAAUGCCACUACUGUCGAACCAAUUCUUUGAAUCCUGCCCCUACAGUCAAGUGCAACCGUUGUUUAAAUUGCAUGAUCUGGCCCAAAGAAUACAGACCAUCCGACUUUGACGAGUCAGAAUUCCUCUGCCCUCAUUGCACAGCAGGCAACAAGCCCACAGCCGAAGUCCAAGUAACAGCAAACCAACUGGAAGCCGAGAAUACUCUUUCCUGGCUCGCCGAAGACACAGAAAAGCCAAACAAAAGGGCUUUCCCAGACACCUCCAUCUUCCAAACCAUAUCAACAAUGGGCGCCGAAGGCUUCAAGUCCAGAAUAACUCUCUUCCCAAACAAAGACACAAAGCCCAGCCUAAUCUACAAAGGCAAACCAAUCCACAACUCCCUCGACUUAAUAACCAACCUCGAAAACCUCGUGGCAAAGCGCAAAACAAUCAAAACAGACUGUUCCCUCUGCUUCUCCUCCUUCAAAGCAGGAACCCUAAGUCCAGCCUGCGGACGCACCGGCUGCCACCAGCAAAUCUGCAGAUCCUGCCUCGAUGGCUGGUACGGCCUCAACACCGCCGGCUCGAUCAUAAACACGGCGGCACUAGCCUGCCCCUUCUGCCGACGACACCCUGCUUCGAAUCGACUAGCAAAGCAUGGAAUGGGCAUCCAGGCAGUUAGGGAUCUGGCACUUGCCGUUCGAGACAAGGGCUCUUUGAUCUAUGCGUGGUGUCGGGGAUGUCAUACCGCCAAAGAACUCAUGGAACGGAGCUGUGCUCGGGGAGCACCACCCGAGGUGCAGGACUGGGCUUGCGAGGAGUGUGUCGGUGAAUGGGACCGAGCGCUGUUGGCUAAUACCAGGGAGGGGAGGGCUAGGGCUGAGAUUGAGGCCAGAAUGAACACUGUCAAGCCUUGCCCUAAGUGUGAGACUAUGACGAUGCGGAUAUCGGGUUGUGGACAUAUGGAGUGCUCAGUUGAGGGGUGUGGCGCUCACUGGUGUUACUUCUGCGGAAAGCAAUUUGGUUAUGAUGUGAUCUACAAGCACAUGAGUGAGGAGCAUGGGGGUUUCUUUGGUGGAGAGUUUGAAGAUGAAGAUGAGGAUGAGUGGAGAAGAGAGGGGUGGAGUGAAGAUGAAGAUGAGUGA